AACAUGCAGCGUCACAUCAAGCAAUUGCAAUCUAUUAAUACGUGGAAAUAUUGGAAUGAGAAACAUAAAAGCAAUGUACAAUUUGUCUAAGUGUAUACAAAAAUUUAUCUAUGUGCAAAGUUAACUUGUAAUACUAAGGAAAAGUUAUGGAAAAUAAAACAGAUGCUCCCAGUGGCCAGAGCGAAAAUAAUGAAACUCAAUACGUUAAUGGUGAAAUAUACAAUGAUGUUAGUGAAGGACAACAUUUUUUACUUCCUAGUUCACAUUCACACUCACCAAAAGUAUCAGUAGAAUAUAUCAAAACAAGCAAUAUGAACCGAUAUAAUCCAGCUUUAAGGAAUCUUAUACCAAUACGUCAUAAAAAUCAAAAUAAGGAAAGUAUGCCAGCAGAUAAUGCUGGGUUAUUUUCAUAUAUUUUUUACACAUGGAUUACAUCAUAUGUAUGGAAAGCAUAUAAAAAGGGUAUUGACAUUACAGAUAUACCACAUAUUUCUACUUAUGAAACUUCUAAAUACAAUGCACAUAGAUUGGAAAUACUUUGGCAAGAGGAAUUAAACAAACAUGGACCAAAUUUGGCCUCAUUUUCAAGUGUAGCUUGGAAAUUUGUAAGAACAAGAAUAUGUAUAGCUGGGUUCUUAUUAAGUUGUUCUACACUUUGUGGAUUUAUCAGUUCUAUGAUACUAAUGAAGAAUGUACUAGAGUACGUUCAGUCACCAGAAGAAGAUAUAUGGACAGGUAUAAAAUGGGCAUUAUUACUAAUCUGUUGUGAUUUGUUACGAGUAAUAUUUUUCAAUUGGACUUGGAAUACUAAUAUUAGAACAGCCCUAAGAUUAAAGUCUGCUUGUACAACUCUUUUAUAUAAAAAAAUUAUUAGACUGAAUAGUCUUGGCAAUAUAAGUACUGGAAAAUUGAUUAAUUUAUUCACUAAUGAUAGUCAAAGACUUUUUGAUGUAAUCAUUUAUGGACCUAUGAUAUUUAGUGGUCCAAUCAUUAUUAUCUGUGGAAUAGUUUAUAUACUAUGGGUAUUUAGCCCAUUAGCUCUUUGGGGAAUAUUUACUUUUCUCGUGUUUUAUCCUUGUCAGUACCUUACGUCUCGAAUCGUUGGAUAUUUUCGUUCUAAGACAGUUGUCAUUACAGACACACGAGUGAAAUUAAUGAAUGAAAUUUUAGAAUGUAUAAAAUUAAUUAAAAUGUAUUCAUGGGAGAAAUAUUUUAGUGAUAAGCUUCUUGAUAUACGAAAGAAAGAGAAAUACUGGUUACAUAAAACUGUAUAUUUUCAAAGUGUUGCCAUUUCUUUAACACCAGCUAUACCUGUGAUAUCUGCAAUUAUUACAUUUGUAGCUCAUUUAUCUUCAGGAAAUAAUUUAACUGCUGCUCAGGCUUUCCCAAUUACAACAUUUUUUGGAAAUAUGCUGAGAAUGGCACUCUCAUCUCUUAAGGAUUCCACACGACAUUUUAUCGACGCCCGCAUUGCUCUUAGAAGAAUCAAGGUGUUUCCUUUUAUAUCUUUACUCAAUUCUCAAUUUCGCUCAUCUUUUAUGUUUCUGCAAGUGGCCUUAAUUAAUAUCAUUGAGUCACGCUUAAUAUUCAACAGAUUACAGAAUAUAUUACUUUUAGAAGAGCAUACAUGCCGUAUAUCCAAACCAAUCGUAAAAUCACAAGCCAUAGUCAUUGUUAAUGGUACAUUUGUUUAUGAAAAUUCUAUUCUGCACGAUAAAAAUUUAAAAAAUAUUAAACAGAAAAAAAAAACUGCGUUGUAUUUAAAGAAUACAGUCGAACUAGAAAAACUCAAUGAACCCUCCGAAGAAACUCAAUAUGUGGAAAUACUCACUGGCAUUAAGUUUGGAGCAACGAAAGAUGGAUUAAUAGGAAUUUGUGGACAUGUAGGAAGUGGAAAAUCUAGUCUGUUACUUGCUGCUUUGGGACAGUUAAAAAUGACAAAUGGCCAUAUUUUGAGAGAAGGUUCUUGCGCUUAUGUUAGUCAACAGGCGUGGGUUGUUAAUGCGACUUUUAAAGAAAAUAUAUUGUUUGGAAAUCAGUUUGAUGCAAAACGGUAUUACCAAGCAUUGACGGUAUGCAGUCUAAAAGAAGAUUUAAAUAUGUUACCCGGUGGAGACGAAACCGAGAUUGGUGAAAGGGGUAUAAAUUUAUCAGGAGGACAAAAGCAAAGAGUUGCUCUUGCUAGAGCACUUUAUGCUAAUCGAGAUAUUUAUUUUUUGGAUGAUCCAUUGAGUGCCGUGGACGCACAUGUAGGUUCUUACAUUUUUAAAAAUUUAAUUCUCGGUGCACUCAAGGGCAAAUGUGUUUUGUUUGUAACACAUCAAGUUCAAUUUCUGAAACACUGUAAUCAAAUAUACGUAAUGCACAAAGGCAGUAUUGUAGAACAAGGUACACAUAAUGAAUUGAUGCAAUUAAAUAAAGAAUAUGCUGCAAUGGUGAACAGUGCAUUAUUAAAAAUGGAGGAUGAUGCGAAAAACGAAAUAGUGGUAUCAAUUGAAACAAACAGUGAAUUUAGUAAUGAUUUGAAAAGACAAAUAGUAUGUAAUCCUGCAAAUAAUAAUGGAAAUAUCGAGUCGUCAAAGGAAACGCGCGGAAGAGGAACAAUUCUUACUACACAAGAAAAAAUGCAACUGGGUACUGUACAAUCAUAUACGUAUAACAUAUAUGUAAAAUCCGCGGGUGGCUAUUUUGUAGCUGCUUUAGUAUUUUUCAUGCUUUUGUUAAACGUUGGAAGUUCAGCAUUUAGUUCUUGGUGGUUAGCUGUAUGGAUCAAAGCAGGUAGUGGGAAUGUGACUGACCUUAAUACCAAUCAAACACUAAUAUCAAAUAAUUUAAAUGAUAAUCCAAAUUAUUCAUACUAUCAAAACAUUUAUAUUGGUUGUAUUGGAGUAAUUUUGUUAACGAGUUUACUGCGUGGCGUGGUUAUUAUGUAUGCUACGAUAAAUGCUUCAACAACACUGCAUAAUAAAGUUUUUAAGAGAAUUAUUAAGUCGACAAUAACAUUCUUUGAAAUUACUCCUAUUGGAAGAAUACAAAAUAUUUUUAGUCGAGAUAUUGAUGAAGUGGAUAAUUAUAUACCAAUUUCCGUGGAGAAUAUGAUACAGAAUAUUAUUACAUGCAGUUUUGCAAUUAUAUUUAUAUGUGCAGUAUUACCUUGGUUUUGUUUACCAUUAAUCGUUCUCGCUAUUAUAUUUUUUUAUAUUAGUAAGAUCUUUAGAGUAGCAAUGAGAGACUUCAAGCGAAUGGAAAGUACCUCGCGAUCUCCUGUUUUGAGUUUUAUUACAACGACCAUUCAUGGUUUGAAUAUCAUUCAUGCAUUCCAAAAGGAGAAAGCAUUUAUAAACAAAUUCGAAGAAUUAUUUGAUUUAAAUAACUUGUGUCUUUACCUAUGUCAUUCUAUCAUGAGAUGGUCUGCCGUAAGACUCGAUAUUUUGGCAAUCGCUUCUUCCUCUAUUACUGCGUUUCUUGUGAUAAUGCUUAGAAAUCAAAUAUCUCCAGCCCUUGCUGGUUUAGCUAUGGCAUAUGCUAUGCAAAUGACUGGUGUUUUUCAGUAUACUGUAAGAUUAAUGGCAGAAACAGAAACCCGUUUUAUAAGUGUCGAAAGAAUAAGUUAUUACUUGAGGACUUUGCAAAAAGAAGGAAUUUUCAAGGAAGAUCCUAUAAGUCCUCCAGAUCAGUGGCCUACUGAUGGCAUAUUAGAAUUUCAUGAAGUUGAAUUGAAGUAUAGAAAAGAAUUGCCAUCUGUAUUAGAUAAUAUUUCUUUCAUUAUUAAAUCUGGUGAACAUAUAGGUAUUGUGGGCAGAACUGGAGCAGGAAAAAGUUCUCUUAUCGUUGCUCUAUUUCGAUUAGUUGAAAUCUCCGCUGGAAAGAUUAAAAUUGAUGGUAUAGACAUAGCAAAAGUGAAGUUAGAGUUACUAAGGAGUAAAUUAUCUAUAAUACCUCAGGAUCCUGUUUUAUUUAGUGGAACCAUACGAUCAAAUUUAGAUCCGUUUAAACAAUUUAAUGAUUCUCAAAUCUGGAGUGUUCUAGAAAAAACUUAUUUGAAAGAGAAAGUUCAAAUUAUGUCAGGGCAACUGGAUGCGAUUGUUGAAUUUGGAGGAAACAACUUCAGUGUGGGCGAACGACAAUUACUUUGUUUAUCAAGAGCACUUUUGCGUAAUACCAAAGUAUUAGUGCUAGAUGAAGCAACAGCUGCUGUUGAUCCAGAAACUGAAAUCGCUGUACAGAAUACAAUACAAAAAGAGUUUUCAAGCUCUACUGUAUUGACCAUUGCUCAUCGUUUAAAGACUGUUAUUUCAUGUGAUCGUAUUGCUGUUAUGAAGAAUGGCCUCACCAUUGCGAACAUAAUUCCUAUUAUGAUGCUGGGGCGCAAGCAGAGCCUCAAAGGGGAAUCCGUCUUGGCCGACUAUGGCCCAGAGGAAUCCCUCAAUGAGAGCGCUGACAUAGAAUGGGUGAAUAAGCUAUGGGUGAGAAGAUUGAUGAGGUCUUGUGCUCUGGUAUCUUUAGCUUCUGUUUGCUUGAAUACUCCAAAAACUUUUGAAAAAGUUCCACCUCUUCAAUAUGUUACCUUCGUUUGCGACUUAAUUAUUACAUUUUUGUUUACUGCUGAGAUGAUUGCUAAGAUGCACAUAAGGGGUAUAUUAAAGAGGGACAAAUCUUACUUAAAAGAUCACUGGUGCCAAUUCGAUGGAAGUAUGGUUGUUUUCCUCUGGUUAUCUGUAAUUUUACAAAUGUUUGAAAUGCUAGGUUUUGUUUUAGAAUUUAGUUAUGUUUCGAUAUUACGGGCGCCACGACCCUUAAUCAUGAUACGCUUCUUACGAGUCUUCCUUAAGUUCUCCAUGCCGAAAUCUAGGAUUAAUCAAAUUUUUAAGCGUUCGAGUCAGCAAAUAUAUAAUGUGACUCUUUUCUUCCUUUUCUUUAUGUCCCUUUAUGGUCUUUUAGGAGUUCAGUUUUUCGGUGAAUUGAAAAACCACUGUGUUCUUAAUACUACAGAUCCAAAACACAUAACUAUAAAUAGUUUAGCCAUUCCCGAUACUUUUUGCUCUACUGAUCCUGAAUCAGGAUAUCAAUGUCCAGAAGGAAUGAUUUGCAUGAAACUUCAGUUGUCGAAAUACAUUAUGGGUUUCAAUGGAUUCGACGAAUUUGCUACAAGUAUUUUUACCGUUUAUCAAGCUGCUUCGCAAGAGGGAUGGGUUUUUAUCAUGUAUCGUGCAAUAGAUAGUUUACCUGCUUGGCGUGCAGUUCUUUACUUCAGCACAAUGAUAUUUUUCUUGGCAUGGCUUGUGAAGAACGUUUUCAUAGCUGUUAUUACAGAAACUUUCAAUGAAAUACGAGUUCAAUUCCAGAAAAUGUGGGGUGCUAGAGGACACAUUAGCAACAAUACAGCAUCACAAAUAUUAACUGGUGACGAUAAUGGUUGGAAAUUGGUAACUUUGGACGAAAAUAAACACGGUGGCUUGGCUUCUCCCAUAUGUCACGCUAUUCUGAGAUCUCCUCAGUUUCGUAUGGUGGUAAUGUGUGCAAUUUUAGCGAACGGUAUCACUACAGCGACCAUGAGCUUCAAACACGAUGAGAAACCAAGACAUACCUAUUAUGACAAUUAUUAUUACGCCGAGAUUGCAUUCACGAUAUUUUUGGAUCUCGAAACGUUAUUUAAAAUUUGGUGUCUUGGAUUUCGCAGUUAUUAUAAACAUUCGAUUCACAAAUUUGAACUACUGCUGGCUAUUGGUACAACCAUACACAUCAUUCCAUUUUUCUAUCUUUCCGGAUUCACAUAUUUUCAGGUCCUUAGAGUAGUCAGGCUCAUCAAAGCAUCACCGAUGUUAGAGGAUUUUGUGUACAAGAUAUUUGGUCCUGGAAAAAAGUUAGGCAGUCUCAUUAUUUUUACUAUGUGCUUAUUAGUUAUAUCAUCCAGUAUUUCUAUGCAGCUCUUCUGUUUUCUUCGCGACUUCACAAAAUUUGAGACAUUUCCAGAGGCAUUUAUGUCUAUGUUUCAAAUCUUAACACAAGAAGCUUGGGUAGACGUUAUGGAUGAAACAAUGUUGAGGACACAUGAAACAAUGGCUCCCCUUGUUGCCAUGUAUUUUAUUUUAUAUCAUCUUUUUGUCACACUGAUUGUAUUAAGUUUGUUUGUCGCUGUAAUUUUGGAUAAUCUUGAACUGGAUGAGGAUAUUAAGACUCUAAAGCAAUUAAAAUUUCGUGAACAAAGUGCAGAAAUAAAGGAAACUCUGCCAUUUAGAUUACGAAUAUUUGAGAAGUUUCCUGAUAGUCCUCAAAUGACGUGCUUACAUAAAGUGCCAUCAGAUUUUAACCUUCCAAAAGUUCGUGAAAGUUUCAUGAGACAGUUUGUAUUUGAGAUGGAAAAUGAAGAGAAUGAAGGGGUAAAGAAAAUAAAUGAAACUUUUGAUUCAAAAAUGAUAUACAGAAAACAACGACCAGUGAAAAUUUUAAAUAAUCCACCGAAAGUAAGAAAUGUUGUUACCAAUCUUAAAAAAGCUGCUGUUAUCUAUAUUAUAAAUGACUCGAACAACCAAAGAUUAUUACUAGGUGAUUCUGCUAUGAUACCAGUGCCAGGGAAAGGUCUUUUGAGGCCACAAGGCACUAUUAGUAGUGCCAAGCAACUUCGUUUUGAUCAGAAAAAGUCAAUUAGGAGAAGCGUUCGUAGCGGAUCGAUCAAGCUAAAACAAACCUAUGAACACCUAAUGGAAAACGGUGAUAUCGGAGGUAUUAACAGAGUUAGCUCUUCUUGUAGUACACCGCAUGAUUUGGACAUUAAAUUGCUGCAAGCUAAACGACAGCAGGCUGAAAUGCGCAGAAAUCAACGCGAAGAAGAUUUGCGUGAGAAUCACCCAUUUUUCGAUACACCACUGUUUGCAGUACCGCGCGAGAGUAAAUUCCGUAAAAUUUGCCAGUCACUUGUUUACGCUAGAUAUGAUACAAACGUGAAAGAUCCUUUAACUGGAAAAGAGAGGAAAGUUCAAUAUAAAAGCCUGCACAAUUUUCUUGGGUUGGUCACGUACCUUGAUUGGGUAAUGAUCUUUGCUACUACCAUGUCGUGCAUUUCCAUGAUGUUCGAGACACCACGAUAUCGCGUGAUGGAGGUUCCGGCAUUGCAAAUUGCAGAGUACGGUUUCGUGAUUUUCAUGAGUAUCGAAUUAGCUCUUAAGAUUCUGGCAGAUGGGCUAUUUUUUACGCCGAAGGCCUAUAUCAAAGACGUCGCCUCCGUUUUGGACGUUUUUAUCUAUGUCGUCAGUCUUGUAUUUCUCUGUUGGAUGCCGAAAAGCGUGCCACCGAAUUCCGGUGCACAACUUCUUAUGAUUUUACGUUGUGUUAGACCGUUAAGAAUCUUCACCCUUGUACCACACAUGAGAAAAGUUGUUUACGAAUUAUGUAGAGGAUUCAAAGAAAUCUUAUUGGUGUCCACUCUGUUGAUUUUACUGAUGUUUAUAUUCGCGAGUUACGGCGUACAGCUUUAUGGGGGUAGAUUAGCUCGUUGCAAUGAUCCCACCAUUCUGAAACGAGAAGAUUGUGUUGGAGUGUUCAUGAGAAGAGUUUUCGUGACAAAAAUGAAAUUGCGACCAGGUCAAAAUGAGAGCUAUCCAUCUAUACUAGUGCCACGCGUUUGGGCUAAUCCUAGAAGAUUUAAUUUCGACAAUAUUGGUGACGCGCUGAUGGCACUUUUUGAAGUACUCUCUUUUAAAGGGUGGCUCGACGUUAGGGACGUUCUUAUCAAAGCUCUCGGUCCCGUCCAUGCUAUUUAUAUCCACAUCUAUAUUUUUUUGGGCUGUAUGAUUGGUUUGACUUUGUUCGUUGGUGUCGUCAUUGCUAAUUAUUCUGAAAAUAAAGGAACCGCCUUGCUCACAGUUGAUCAAAGACGAUGGUGUGAUUUAAAAAAGCGACUAAAAAUCGCCCAACCAUUGCAUUUACCACCUAGACCAGAUGGAAAAAAAUUCAGAGCAUUUAUCUAUGAUAUUACUCAAAAUAUCUAUUUUAAGAGAUUCAUUGCGGUCAUGGUGCUCAUAAACAGUGCUCUUCUGUGUGUCUCUUGGAGAAUCGAGGAAGAACACACGGAAGCACUCGCUACGGUGUCCACGAUUCUGACACUGAUCUUCCUCGUGGAAGUAAUCAUGAAAAAUAUUGCUUUUACACCACGUGGCUAUUGGCAGUCCAGAAGAAACAGAUAUGAUUUGCUCGUGACAGUCGUCGGUGUUAUUUGGAUCGUCAUUCAUUGUACAAUGAAGAACGAUUUGUCAUACGUAGUCGGCUUUAUGGUCGUGAUUCUUAGAUUUUUCACCAUCACUGGCAAACAUACAACCCUCAAAAUGUUGAUGUUAACGGUCGGAGUAUCCGUUUGUAAAAGUUUCUUCAUUAUAUUUGGCAUGUUCCUUCUUGUUUUCUUUUACGCGCUAGCUGGUACGAUCAUCUUUGGAACCGUAAAAUACGGUGAAGGUAUAGGAAGGCGUGCCAAUUUUGAAUCACCUGUUACUGGUGUCGCGAUGCUCUUCCGUAUUGUCACAGGAGAAGACUGGAAUAAAAUAAUGCACGAUUGCAUGGUACAACCACCAUAUUGCACUCCAGCAGCUAAUUAUUGGGAGACCGAUUGCGGCAACUUUCAUGCUUCCUUAAUAUAUUUUUGUACUUUCUACGUCAUUAUCACUUACAUUGUCUUAAAUCUUCUGGUGGCUAUCAUUAUGGAGAACUUUUCUUUAUUUUACUCAAACGAAGAAGAUGCUUUGUUAUCAUAUGCUGAUAUUAGAAACUUCCAGAAUAUUUGGAAUGUUGUUGAUAACCAUCAGAAAGGUUUUAUACCUGUAAAACGGGUGAAGUUCAUUGUACGAUUAUUAAAAGGUAGAUUGGAGCCUGAUCCACAGAAGCAUCGACUUCUUCUCAAACAUAUGUGCUAUGAACUAGAGAAGUUGAAUAAUGGUGAAGAUGUUACUUUUCACGAUGUCAUCAACAUGUUAUCCUAUCGAUCGGUCGAUAUUCGAAAAGCUCUUCAACUUGAGGAGUUAUUGGCAAGAGAGGAAUUCGAAUAUAUUAUCGAAGAAGAAGUUGCUAAGCAAACAAUUAGAAACUGGCUGGAAGGUUGUUUGAGAAGAAUACGUGCUAGUGGGAAACAACAAAACAGUCUUGUAGCAGGUCUUCGCGCUAACACUGAACAGGUACAGCAACAGGAACAUACAGAAGAGAAAGGAAAGGAGGCUGUCAAAGAAGAAGAAACGGAAACGAAGGAUACUGAUGGAACUAGACACAAAGCAAAGAAGCCUGUAGUUCUUCCAAGGUCCGACAGUAUAGGUAGUGGAUCAGGAAGAAAGUAUUUAACUCCGACGUUGUCGGAUCCUGCUUCGAUUAGGUCUGAAAAAGAUAAGAACGCGGCACCUAAGAAGAAAAAUAAUAGACCACCACCGGCGCCGAAAAAUAAUUUGCCACAUCUCACAGAGAGCACUGAGCAAAGCAGACAACAACGGGAAGCUAGUAAUGCGAAGGCAAUUGUACCAAAAUCUUCCAGCGUUAUGCUAGAGGUUCGAGAAUGGUGGAAGGAACAAUUGGCGUACAGCAGUGAGUCCAGCGAAGACGAGAUUUAA